CGCGGCCUGCUUGGGAGGUGGGGGGGACCCGUUCUCCGCCAAUCGUCGCUCUGGUCACCCCCUCCGCCAGGCUCGGAGCCCGCUGCCCGGGCCUGGGCUCCUCUGCCCGAGCGCCUAGUACCCGGGCUUAUCUCAUUUCCGUGCCUCCGGGGCAGGGGCCAGCCGCGGGCCUCUCGCUGAGGUAGUCCUCGGGCCCUGGAGGCCCCUCCAGCCUCCGCCGGGCCCGGGAGCAAUUGACGGGAACUUGGAGCCUUUUUGUUUCCUAGCAACCCAGGCGCAGGCUAAGGUGUCGAGUGUCAAAACCGGCACAGUGGCCUACCCUCCCACCUGCCCUGUGUCUUAAACUUUUUGCUUCUUUCAGAGCCUUGGUUCAUCAUCCCUUCUUGAUCCAGCAGCGUUUAUCUAACUCUGAUCCUGCUGCACGGAUCGCGCUCCAAGGGCUUGGCUUCGCUUAAAAUUGAGUGUAUGUUAGAAUGGUCUAGAAUGAGUUUUAUUCUCUCCUGUGUUGGCACCGCUAGGAUUUCCGGGUAUUGAAGUGAUAGUUGCCCUUUGUUUUACCCUUCUGCUUAUUGGUUACUGCAAGGCUGGAGUUUCUGUAGAAAGUGUUUCCUGACAGCAAUGAGAGAAAGUGGAAUACAUUGUCCCCUGUGUCGUGGAAAUGUGACUAGAAGAGAGAGAGCAUGUCCUGAACGGGCCUUAGACCUUGAAAAUAUCAUGAGGAAGUUUUCUGGUAGCUGCAGAUGCUGUGCAAAACAGAUUAAAUUCUAUCGCAUGAGACAUCAUUACAAAUCUUGUAAGAAGUAUCAGGAUGAAUAUGGUGUUUCUUCUGUCAUUCCAAACUUUCAGAUUUCUCAAGAUUCAGGAGGGAACAGUAAUAGGAGUGAAACAUCCACAUCUGAUAACACAGAAACUUACCAAGAGAAUACAAGUUCUUCUGGACAUCCCACCUUUAAAUGUCCCUUGUGUCAAGAAUCAAAUUUUACCAGGCAACGUUUACUGGAUCACUGUAACAGUAAUCACCUAUUUCAGAUAGUUCCUGUGACGUGUCCUAUUUGUGUGUCUCUUCCUUGGGGAGAUCCUAGCCAGAUUACUAGAAAUUUCGUUAGUCAUCUAAAUCAAAGACAUCAGUUUGAUUAUGGAGAAUUUGUGAAUCUUCAGCUAGAUGAGGAGACCCAAUAUCAAACUGCUGUUGAAGAAUCUUUUCAAGUAAAUAUCUGAAGAUUGUAGUCAUCUCUGCAUCUUUGUACCUGCAAGUGCCAUCUUUUAAGAGAAAAGUACAUGAAGUCAUCGUUUUCAGUAACUUGAUGUGUAUAUUAAUAAAAAUAAUUCAGUCUA